UAUAACCAAAAAUUUGAUUAAAACUAAAAAUGAAAGCUAUCGUGAUAAUUUGCCUUUUUGGAUUGGUCCUUGCUGUCUACAAUGCUCAAGCCGAUGCCGCUGUUGAGAAUGUCGAUGACGUGAGCGAUAGUGAUGAAUCCUUGCCCGAUAUUGAUUCACCCGAGGAUGUGGAAUCUGUUGAGUCACCUGAAGACGACGACCCGGAGGACCUAGACAGUGAUAGUGAUGAGAGUGAUGAAACUGUUGCGACUCGGCCACCACAAUAA